GUUGCUCUAGCCAAACAACCCACACCUGCCUAAGGUUGGGUAUACACAACUGAAUUUAUAUCCUGGCCGAAAAACCUGCAUUUAAGGACACAAAUUCUGACCAAUCAGACUAAAUAAAUCAGCAGGGCCAGGUUUUAUCAUCACAGAUAACCCUCGUUAAUCCAACAAGCUUUUCCUGAAGACAAAGGACAAAAUGAAUUGCUUCAUUGGAGUUGCCUGAGCAGCAUGCUAAUGUGGGGAGGUGGAAGGCAUGAAUUAUUCAUUCCCUGGCAGCCUGAGCAGGCAGAUCCUGGCUUUUCCUGUUACCAUUGCAACAAGUGGCGGUUGUCCCGGCCAUGCUCCAGCCACCGCAUAACGCUGGAGAACGCCAAAAUGCCUUCUGGAGAGCAAAGACCUCGGUGCCUCCCCUGUGCCCGACACAGUCGGUUGGAUUUUCAGGUUAAGCCUUAUGCAAAAUGGACCCAGGAAACACAAUCUUUUGUAACUCAAAUGUACUUGACCAUAAACUACUCUUCUUGGAAGAAAACACGUAGCUUUGGAGUGACACGGAAGCAACAGCGGACUGAAGGUCAGAGGACAUGCACAGGCCUUCAGUGGGAGAGUGCUGUGGAGAGAAAAUCGAGCUCUACCAAGGAACCUCUGUCAUCACAAAGUAUAAAAUUGAUUCCACCGAUAGUUAUUUUGCAGACGAUUAAUGGGAAUAAAUCAAAAGAAAAUUGGCCCACUUUGCCUAUGCUGCCUGUGAUCCCCCAGUCCGGAGCUCACCACAUGAAGCAGUCUUUGACUAACAACAGUUCAGUCAACAUUAAUAAAGCAUUUAUGGUACUUCCCAGCAGAUUAGAAAUUCGAGCAUCUUUAGAUGACACCACAUCUCCAUUGGAAUCUCCAGUCACAGGAGGAAAAGAAUGUCAGAAUCGGCAGAAAGGGUUUGCCUCCAUAACUAUUACGGCCAGGCGUGUUGCUGUAGGCUCCAGCAAGCCGGCAUGUGGAGCUGGGGCUGUGCAAGAGCCCAACGCUGUGCUCCCCAACACGAGCAAAGUCCCUGCUGCCCUCCGUUGCUGUCCUCCGUUGGUCCACACAAACCAACAUGUGUCCCCAUUAAAGAUUUCUGAAGCUUCCUCGCAAUUAGGCAAAGAGUCACAAAAGCAGAAUUUUGGCCCUGGAAACAAGGAGAACGGUGUGGGUCUACAAAGCAGCAGCAGGAGAGAGAAAGUACCACCUACGUUCAUCUCAUGUGUCCACCUUCAGGUUUCUCAUCAGUGUCCAAAUGCCAUCUAUUAUUUAGAUAAGUCACUUAAUGUAUGCAUUGACCAACCUCGAAUUAAAUGCCAAAAAAUUCAUAGAUCAGCAUUGUCCUUCAAUAUAAAAUGCAGUUCGUCCAGAUUAACAGCAGAUGGAGUAGAUGGCAUAGUUAAUGGAGAGCCAAUAAAGGGGAUGUUUAAGACAAAGCUCAUAGGAGAAAACAAGACCCCACUCAGAUCAACCUGGAGUGCUGACUUAACAGAAAAUAAUGUGAUUAACAGAGAGACAACAAAUGAAGGUUAUUUGGGUAGCAAAUACUCUUUGCAAAGCAUCUUUGUCUCUGAAGUUCCAGCAUUUGUGGCUAUACCCAGAGGACCCAAUAAGGUAGUAACAAUUAUGAAGGAUGAUGAUAAGCACUGUGGCAGCUAUCACACUACAUUUUCUCUCCAACUUCCUAAUCCAAGCAAUGAGGCAGGAACACAAGUGCUAUUGGGAAGAAAGAAGCAGCCAUGUACCAUGGGCUGGAGCAGCACAGUGGCCUCUGGCUCUCUUGCAGAUACAACAUCAAGAAAGGCAAUUGCAGCUGCUAAUGAUGCUUCAUCAAAAAAGAGAGAGCGCUCCAAAGGCACCUCCAAAUCCAAAGAGAUCCAAGUACCAGGCAUUCUGAAACCAAAAAUGUCUGUCUCCAGUAGCGUGUGCAAUAUAAAAUCUUCAUCAAGCAUCUUCUCAGAAGAAAAUGUUCACAGACAAAACCAGCUCCUAAAAAGUGAUUACGAAUUCUGUGGUUCAAGUGACAAAAUAAAGGAGUGUAAGGAGGAGGAUGAGUGGGAGCGAGCCAGCAGGGUAACACUAUCCACAGCUCUCCUGCCAGAUGUUACUCGUGAGAAAAACGACAUGCUCAUCCAGCCAGAAAACAGCUCCCAGGCUGAGAAAAUUCCACCAGCCCCCCGGACACUGCGGGAAGCACUAGAGAUCCAUAAUCCUCAGUUCAUUUCCCGUUCGCAAGAAAGGCUGAAGAAACUUCAACAUAUGGUCCAGCUGAGGAAAGCCCAACAGAGCGAUGUUCCUGCAAGCAACCAAGGAGCGCUCAUUCGCAAGCUUUCCUCAACAUCCACUUCCAGCAGAAAAAAACAAUGCACUGUUCCUCACCCGCUCAGUGAUAACCUCUUCAAACCAAAGGAAAGAUUUAUUCCAGAGAAGGAGAUGCAUAUGAGAUCGAAAAGGAUUUAUGACAAUUUACCUGAAGUAAAAAAGAAACAAGAAGAAAAGCAGAAACGGAUCAUCAUCCAGCAUAACAGACUGCGUGUUGAGAUCUUCAAAAAGCAAUUACUGGACCAGCUCCUUCACAGAAACACAGAGUGACAAAGGAUUCUCUUGCCCAUCAUCCUAAUUGGAUCUCAAAUGCCUUAGACUGCUAGAUAAGCCAUAAAAUACACUAUUAUCUCAAUUACCUGGGAGUAUUUUUCUUAUCUUUGGCUCUUUAUACAAGGGAAGAUCAUUCAUAUUUCAAUUGAAAUUUUAAGGCAACUUUGAAGUAAUCAAAAACAGUCUAAAAGGGAACACAGCUGUUUCAGAGCAUCACCCUUUGGUCAGUUUACCCAGAGGAAAUAAUUUUAAGAAUUUUUAAUGCAAAUACUGAAUUAUAGUGGUAUUAUUUAUUUUAAUCUCUUAAAAAGCACAUGUCUCUGUAGCAAGAGAACUCAGUUUAUAAGACCUGGAAAACUUAUUUCAUUGAAGUACUCUAUUAAUUGAUUUCUUGUGAGUUAAAUCCUUGAAGCAAAGAACAAUUAAUAUCAUUAUUUGUUAUGUUUAGAAACUAGCUGAAAUAGCACUACCGCGUAAUCAUAGCAGCAGCAGUUUCACAUUAAUACUUAACAUACCAAAAGAGACCAAUAUUUUAGCUCUCUGAAGAGUUCUAUUCCUGUUUAUAUAGUGAAUCUAUGCACCAAGCUUACCUAUUGCACAGCAAUAUUUAAAAAAAUUGAUUAUAACACUAUAUUGCAAGUUUUACACCAUAGUAUGUAUUUUACUCCACUUCUGUGAGCAUUAAUUAUUUACAGAAAUGGCAUAUUAAGAAGUGGUGCCAAGAAAUAUAUUUGCAUCAAAACUGCGGAACUAAAACCAUCUGUAAUGUUUCCUCAAAAAAUAUUUAAAUCUUUAUUUGUACAUUUUGGAAGUAAAAACAACCAUCCUACAAACCAAUGGAGUCUAUUUAUGGAAUAAAAUACGAAUAUAAUAUUGAUCCAA